UACUUGUACUAUUAAUCUACUUAAUCAAGCUCAGACCCUUAGCAACAACUUGCCUACAAAAUGUCCUCUUGACUCUCUUGACCUCCGCGUUUGAUUUGCGACGACGACAUCCAGUUGCUACACCAAGUCGCGCACCCUGUGCCAUGGCCAUAUAGCUCUCUACGCAGCAUGAAUAAGAGGGCCUUCGAGCAUACCUAUACUACGCCAGUCCCUAAACGUGCCAGGACAAAUGGCGGCGAUCUACCGCUCACCAAUACAACAACUCUAUCGCUUGCUUCACCGCGUGUACCAGCAAGCCCUAGUGCUUUUGAGACAUUCCCAGCGCAGGCAUUUACACAAUUUGUACAAGAUAUCAAAUAUAAAGCGACACGGGCGCUUCAAGAGAAUGAAGAGGCAGAUGCUGCACUGGCAAGAGAACGGCAAUGGCAAGCAGACAGGGAGAAGAAGCUGCUGGAGAAGCAAGCGUUGUUGGAGAAGCUUUUGAAAGAGAAGGAAGAGGCUGUUGAAGCGGCGCUUGACCGUGCCAUUGAGGAAGCUCAGCGGCCUGUAGCUGCGAAACGGUUACCAGGAGCCAAGCUGCAAACGGAUACUAAUCAGAGUGAUUCAGAAGGCUCGUUCGACGACGACGAAAUCUCUGGCCAAGAAGACGUAUCCGAAGGUGAUCUAUUGGAAAACGACGAGGAAGAGGGAGACUACAGUGAGUACUCGGCAGACGAAUUAGCUCUUACUGGUGAUCAAUUGCCAGCAACCGAGCACGACGAUUACGAUGACGAGUACGACGAAGAAAGCGAAGACUAUGAUCCGCCCCAGGUCGCACAGCCUCUGGAAAUCCUAUCCUCGGCUGACGACGACAUUCGCCACAGCUUCCGUCGUGAGUCUGCUGCAGACCAUGAAGCGGAAUUUGAAGAAGAUAUUGACAUUUUCGACCGGGACGAUGAGGCGUCAUUGGCCGAGUAUGAAGAAGCUGUCUCUGUUGAUGAACAGAGCGGUGCAUCAGUGACAUUCGCAGAAGAUACUGAAGUCGCCAUCGAUCCAGAACUCGAGGGCCCCGUCAUCGUGCAAGCUCAACCCGACGACAUCCUCACUACAAAUGACUUGCCGCAGGAAAAUUCUCGCGUACUGUUUGACGAGCUUGCUGAACAAUCUAGUGCAGAAGCUUCGGACGCCGUGCCAGAAGAGCUCAUUCCAGUCUUUGACGACGACGAUGAAGCGGUUGAAGCCAGUUCGGCUGAAUUGAACAACGAAGAGGAUCGCUAUGAUAACGAGCCGGAAGAAGAUCAUGUGCCUAUUGAUGUGCUCUUGGAGCGCGGCGACGAAUUGAGUGAGCAAGACCUGAACACUCUGCGAUCUCCAAGACACGAUGAGUCUUUCACGAUUGACACGACGACUCAAGCCCCUGUCUACUUGGAGCCUACCGUCAUAGAAGACUCACCGGUGGCCGCGGCAGACGUUUCUGUCGAGGAGAUGCUCUUUCAGGAAAUGGAUCGUGCGCGCCGUCUCAGUCAGCUCGAACAGCAGAGACCCAUCGAUCUCUUGGUGACUCAACCGUUCAAACUUCCUAUUGCAGGUGAUCAGACCGUGUCGCGGAGAUCGUCAGAUGCACCAAGGGAGUCUGUCGAUGGUGCACUGUAUGCAAAUGAAUCAAGCGUUCGUGGCCUACCGCCUCGCAAAAGGUCUGACGCCACAAAACGGCCUCUUCUGGACACAGAUCAUCAUGCUCUACAUGCGCCAGUAUUCGCGCUGAGCCCAGUCGCCGACUCUCCUGUUUGUUCGCCUCGAGACUCGGGCGAGACUCAUGACUUGGAGGCUACACCGCCUGCAUUAUUCGGUGAGAGUGUGAUCAAUACUGCUGCUGGUAUGGAAUUGGUGCCAAACCUCAAUGAGGCUGCUGAAGAAGUCGUUGACAGUCAAGAUAAAAUGGCCGAGGCUAUUCCGGAAGAGCCAAUGACGGCCGUCCCUGAGCAAGAAGCUGCUGUGGUUCAGGGGAAUGCGAACGCUCUGCUACAGAGUGAUCAAGAAGUAGUCUCACCCACAGAGCAUGCCGUGGCAAAUGCGCCGAUGCAUCACUCUGUUGAAGAGACCACGACUGCUGCUGCUCCAGCAGAGCCAAUCAUUGAAGAUCUCUCACACAUUGUCGAUGCUACAGAAAAAGGCUUUCACGUCGCACGGUCUGCAGAGCAAGUCAUCUCUGUGCAAGAUAAGCUUGUUGAAGAUCAAGCCGGUCGUGAGCUAGCUCCCAUGAGUCAAGCUGAAGCCGCCAUUUUUGACGAGGAGGCGGAGUAUUUGGCCUUGCUGGAUGCAACACCUGUUCAAACGUCGCAGAGAGAUGAAAGAGAUGCAAGUCUUGUCUUGCCAGCUACUGAAGAAACCUUGGCAGAGUCGCCUGCUCCCGCUGAGCCACUUGCGUCCAUCAUUCCGGACGAUUUGGUUCUGGAGGCUGGCGACGAUGACGCCUCUGAAAGUCAAGCUGAACCUGAAUCGGACUCUGCGUCUCUUCAAGGUGAUUUAGCAGACUUUGUCGCUGAAGCAGCGUCCGAGCACGAUGAGACAGAGCGAGUUGGUGGUGAGGACGAGCCUUCUACUGCUGAAACGCCAGUAGAGUCGGAUGCCGAUUUACCUGAUCAAGCGAGUGUACAAAAUACACCUGCCAGAACGAAUGACAACGACGAGUCAGCGGAGGCAGCGUCUCAAGCUGCUGAUGCGCUGAGCGAUGUAAGCAGGAUCGAUGUCACUGAAAAGGAUGACGCCGACAGGGUCACGAGCCCUAAGUCCGAAGGGCCUAUUGAAAAUGAAGCGCAAGGGGCUACCAGUACAGAAUCAUCGAGAACGUUCGAGACUGCUGUUGUGGCGCAUCAGCCAAGUGGCAUGGCCGCUAUCGAGGAAGAGCCAGAAGCAGGCAGGCCAGUGGACGCCAUCGAGGAAGAGCCAGAAGCAAACGAGCGGAUGGAUGAUGAGGAGUCAGUCGAGCGCUUGCAAACGCCACCGCCAGUCGACAAUCCCGAGGAGAUUUUGCACACGCACGCCUUGGCCCCGACAUCGCCUGUGCCUGUGAUUGUACACCGUUUGCGAGAUGGCGCCGAGUAUGUCGAUGACGGGCAUGACUUGAGCAUAUUGGCAGAACACGAUGACUCGCAUCAUGAAGGCCCUGUUCCUGGACCACGAAAACAUUUCAAGCCGCGUGUGGUGAUUCGUCGAUCUUCACGCUCAACGAGAGGCGCAACCCCGGAUGAUGCGGCUAUUGCAGAAGCGAGUAUGAAGAGCAGUGUCAAGGUGAAGAGCGCUGCUGCUCCGACCAAGUCGGCAGGGCAGACUCGGCAGCCGUCUAUUGAGCCUGCUGAGGGUGUACGACGGUCACAGCGGAAGAAAUGAGGUACUGCUUGUACAUGAUGUAUCCUGGCUGCGUAGUUAAUGAGUCUCUGUAUGCUGGUCAGUGCCUGCUUGUUCCUGAAUCUGCGCAAGUUGAGUCGCAAGUCAAAUUUGUAGCGC